AUGCUAGGUGAUCCUUACUCAAAAGAACGCGCUUACGCUUGCCUUUGCUCUGUUUUGGAUGAUUGGUGGCAAACUGGGGAGCCUGCAGCAGUCGUUUUCACAGAUUUGGAUGACGGAGUGGAGAAGGCCAUUUGCAUGGAUGGGCAACUGAGCAUUCACCCCAGAAAUCAGGCAAUUGCUGCCAUCUCAAAUCGAAGAGGCGAGGGCCAGAACAACAACUUUCAUAUCAAAACAGGUUUUGUCUGUGAGGCCACAUCAUCCCCUGAUCUCACUCUGGUAAUUUUGUCUGCUACACUGAAUCUCACUUCUCAUCAGCAGUAUUUAGCGGGCGAAAAGACAAAAGCAGCUUUACUAGAUAAAUCCAGGUCAAUGCACAAGGAAGUAUCAAUGACUUUUGGCAACUUGGAUAAAUAUGGGUCCCCGGCAUGCUUGCUUGUGAAGAAUCUCAUCUUGUAUUGUGCAGACCCUAGUGAUGUAAGCACCAAUGUCAGGGGUGUCUGGGAGGUACAGAAUGAAGGUUCAAAGCUGAUGUCUUUGUCACGAAGCUUUCCGGACGGACUCCCAAUGUAUACAAGCGAGGAGAGCAAGCUUGGUACUGUGGUGAAGGAGAUUCUACUUGACCAAUGGACCAAUACCGGUGAAGAGGUCACGAUGAAGUGUGGGAAUUCCGACGAUGAUACUUGCAUAGCGUUGUGCGUCACGAAUUGGAGAUUCUGUGUGGCCUACCCUGAGGAUGUACCGGCAAGUAUGCAGCUUUCCAAACAUAAGCUACCAGAAACACUGUCUUUAUCACACAACUUCCCUGGAGGACUACCUGACGGAGUACUGGAUGCUGUGAAGCCUGAUCGUAUACCAGAAAGUGUCCCGUCCAUAGCAGAAGAGAUCCUGCCAACACUAUCUAUGUCACUCAGCUUCCCUCGAGGACUUCCUAGAUUUCUCUUUUGUCCUCAUGGCAAGACAGUGGUAGCAACAAUAUCAUGCGGCCUGGCUGGAUGUUCUGCUUCCCAUGCGGCGGAUAUAGUGGAACAGAUUCUGACCGUACCCGAAGAGGUGUGA